CUGCUCUAUCAGAAACGGAUGUUUUAUUUUGAGAACAACAUUUUAGACAGAAUUGCACCUUUGAAAUACAUAGCUUACUCAAAAAUUCUGGAAAGUAUGCGCAAAUACGUUAACUGAAAAAAGUGAAAGAUAAAUCAAGAAAGUUGUUUUUAUUCCGCACCCUAUAUCUAGAAUUCAUGUAGUUUAAAUUACAUAAAACGUAAAUAAAUUCCCAAUGUCGUAGAAAGUCAAGGAAUUUAAUGCCCGUACCGUACCAAUUCGUACCUUGCCACAGUACACAUUUUAUCAAAACCAGCAAGUAAAAAUACUUUUUAUGGCUUUAACGUAGAAUUAAAUAAUGAGAAUAGUUUUUUUUUUUAUUGACCGAAGCGUCAACGAAGGUCUCCAUUUUAACUCGGGCAAUCUGCUUUCCGGAUGUCCUCUUCUAGAGGUCGGAAUUCUCAACUGAUUCCCGUGAUAAUUUACUUAAAUUAUUUAUUAAAAAUGACGAUCCAGUUUUUGGAAAAUUUUCAAGAUGCGGAAAUUGGCAUUAAGAACUUAAGCGCCAAUAACGUAUAUGACGAUUUCAGAUUUUUAUAUAUAAACAUACAAUACAGUUUACAUGUCAAUUGUCUUAUAACUAAAAAGUUUAUUAUACAUAUUUAAAGAACAGAAGACUCACAACAGGUACAAUAGGUACAUUGGUAGGUAAAUAAUCUUUUCUAUCGGUUAAUGCAACGAUCCCUAUGCAGAAACUCGUUUAUGUUGUAGCAUAUGAUGCUUAUGCCAUUAUAAGUUUUACUGUAAUAAUUUCUCAGCGAACUAUUUUUCACUUUUACAUUUUUUAAGCUUAUUAUCACGAGGUUACAGCUCACAGACCCAGUAGUUUAAUAUGUUGUAACUAAUACCGUAUUUUCAGUUUCAUUAUAAAAUCUUUUACAAUUGUUUGAAGGACCCAAUAAAAUUCUAUUUUUAUUGAACUAUAUAGUGUAAUAUAUUUUCUUUCAUUACUUAUUAUUAAAGGUCAAUAUUCAUUACGCCUAAUGCAUGAAUUUUUAAAAGGUGUUAAUAUCAAUGACGGAUAAGGCCACUUGGUUUAUAUAUAUAUAAUAUCUACCUACAUAUGUACGUUUUCUUUUAAUGCUAUUAACGCCUUUGUAUCAAUUUGUCGUGUCCUACUUUUUCAUAAGUAAUAUAAAAACAUUAAAGAGAUUAGGUAUACGUACAACUGAAUUUGUCAACUGAAAUGAAGAGUGACCGAGUUGUGAAAAACAAAAUGGAAAUAAACAGGAGGUUCCAAACUGAGUACCUGAUGAACAAUAUACUUGAUCAAGAUUUCCAAGCUAUGUUGUUUCCUCUGAACUUUGUACAGACUUGCUUUUUAAUGCCUAGGUUCAGCAUCAUUAACAAUUUCAUCACUCCUGACAACCAUGUGUCUUUUUACAUAAAGUCCAUAAUCGGUUGUAUUAUUCUCACGUCGAGCCACGUCUUUCGUUUUAUAUACUACAGUGAAGUUAAUAAGAGUUUGGGCACUGAUCUUGUUGUUGUUGUUUUACCUUACUUUGAUGUAAUAUUUUUUUCUUUAACUUCAAUUGUUACCCAUGUCGUUAAUUCAUUACAGAGAAGCAAUGUCGUUGAAGGUAUUAUCAAAAUGCAGCAUGUCCUUGACUUUAUAAAAAUAGACAAACAACAAUUUCUUUGCAAACAUAAGAUCCAAAAUUGGCUUAGUGUAUUGUUGGUUAUUAUUAUCUACGUAUUUCAGUGGUUGUUUGCUUGUUUUAGCUAUAGUGUUCUUGAUUUACUAGUACAUUUUUAUUUGAUAGUGCCUAUGAUGAUAUUUGAUAUGCAAGUAGUUCACGUUACGCGAACUGUUGAAAUUAUCAAAGAUGAGUUAUUCGCUUGGAUUCAUAAAAUGGAAGAAUAUAAGAACAUACAUAUCACACCUCAAGAAGAAGUAUUAUUACAUUCUGCAGUCUCGGGAUGCGAUAUGUUCAACGCAUAUACUGAUAUAAUUAAAGCAUUUCAUAUAAGCAACAAAGUAUAUCAGUUUUCGGUAAGUCCUUAUUUCGUCAUUGAACAAAUAAGAGAAUAUACCAAUGUUGUUUUUCCUAGCCUGUUUGAGGUUCCCACUGCUGGAACUAUAAAUCUUGCUGAAAGUUGCUGUGCUCAGAUUUUAAGUAAUGCUAUACCUACAGGUGAACAUCUUAGAAAAUUACCUAGGUUUUCUGUUUUCUUGCAUUUUCCAGGCAUACGAAAGACUUGCAAGAACGUGUUGCGUUUGAACCGCGCGUCGCUGUGCAAGAUGUCGGCGUUCGGCGUGUUCGAACUCGACGCAACGUUCCCGCUGCGGCUGCUCAGCGUAAUCGUGACCUACGUUGUCGUACUACUGCAGUUUGCAUUUUUAUCGUAGA